AAUAAUCUCAUUCACAAAAGCAUUCCUUGAGAUUCACUGAGCGUUCAAUUCAUUUAAAGUGAAGACGAGAUGAUAAAAACCAGCGAAAAUCAAAUAUUAUUUAUGGGCAACGCUUUGCUGGAUAUAUCGGCAAAAUGUGACCAAAARUURUUAGACAAAUACAAACUAAAAGUUGAUGACAAUUGYGAGGCCGAGGACUGGCAGUUACCUAUAUUUGAUAAAUUGCUAUUAAUGCCCAAUGCUAUUACCACUCCGGGAGGUUCGGCACAAAACUCGGCCCGAAUAGCACAACAAAUACUGACCAAACAAACGGGUCCCGAAUCAGUGUAUUUUGUGGGAAGUGUAGGAAAUGAUAAAACUGGAAAAAUAUUGGAGUCAUCGGUACGGUCRUCAAAAGUGAGAACACUUUAUCACUAUCAUCCGACACUACCGACAGGUGUAUCGGCCGGAAUGGUCACAUCGGAAACCAAUCGGACAUUGAUGGCUAACAUCGGCGCAUCGGCACAAAUGCCCACUGAAUUUCUCGACUCAAGUCUCGUGAAGAAAGCCCUAAACAAAUCGGUCGUCUAUUUUGUUGAAUCAUAUUUUGUGACCCAUUCGCCAAUACUGGUGCUAUCGUUAGCCAAAAUCAGUGAACAAUUGAACAAAAAUUUGUUCCUUUCUUUAUCGGCCAACUAUGUUGUGACCAAUCAUUUUGAAGAGCUCAUGCAUCUCAUGCCGUAUACCGACGCUGUGUUUGCCAACAGUUCCGAAGCUCAGACAUUUUAUACACACCUGACGGGCAACAAGAUUGCCGAUAUGUAUACUAUUGCCACCAGUAUUGCCAAACUUGAUAAGUGUAAGCAAACCAAUCACUUUUGGACAGACAUUAAAAGAUGUGUUUUUAUUACUCGUGGCUCUGAAUCAGUGAUUGUCGCCAAAUAUUUUGCUAACAAUGAGAUUAUUGUUAAAGAGUAUUCAGUGCCUAAAAUUGAUGUCAUCGGUGAUACUAUCGGUGCCGGCGAUGCUUUUGUUGGUGGUAUUGUGGCCCAUCUGGUCACUGGUCAUAAUAUAGAUGAUUCCGUUCAUUUCGGUAUUCAAAUUGCGUCCAAAGUGUGCCAACAAAGAGGUUGUGUUUUAGUUGAUAAUGACUUUUAA